UAAAUCUACAAAAGGAAGGCCACGAGACAGUCCGGGCCUAUUGUCACCUCACCAGUCAACCCCAGCUUUACUCUGCCCACAUCUCUGUCGGCAUCUCUGGUUUGUAUCCGUGGUUUGAAGAAUACAGUGGUUGUCGCCAGCAGCUAGGCUACAAGGGUCGGAUAAAGUUUCGAGAAGGACCACAUAAUGAUGGGCCCGAUGCUUUUCCGCAGCACGGGUACAUCAUCCCGUCUUGGUGCUCUGCGACAGCUUGUGCUCGUAGUAGUCAUGGUGCUGGUCAAUACCCUGCAUUCUCCCGUUCUGGGACAGCGGCUGCAGAGAGGCGGUAGAAAUGUGUGCUCCAAAACGAGAAGUGUUGUGAAGACGAGGACGGUGGCAUACGUGCACACACACAGCAGUGGAUACACUACAUCUUGCGGCUUUUGGGGCUGGUCUCGAUGUACCAGAUACAGGACCGGCUACCAGCGAUCCCCACGAACGGUCUAUGAGACGGGCGUUGAGUACUACCUCGGCUGCUGUGAUGGUUGGAGACAGUCGGGACGGGACUGUCCAACACCGAUUUGUCCGAAUCAAUGCCACCAUGGCUCAUGCAUCCGUCCCAACGUGUGCAAGUGCAGAGCUGGAUAUCACACAAGCAACUGCGCUGCAGCAUGCCCGGCGUGGAAGUACGGCAGUGGGUGCACGUCAACAUGCGGCUGUGUUCGUGCCCAGGCACAGUCAUGUGACAGGGCCACUGGUGCCUGCACAUGCAGACCUGGAUAUGUGGGAAGAAAGUGUGAAAGCCGCUGCCAAGCCCGCAAGUAUGGAGCAGGCUGCCGGAGCACCUGUAGAUGUGUGAAUGGUGCCAGCUGCAACCAUGUGUCAGGACACUGUACAUGCAAGGAUGGAUAUGUAGGAACAAGAUGUGAGAGCAAGUGUAGACCAGGGCACUACGGUCAGAACUGCCGGCACAGAUGCACAUGUCAGAAUGGUGCCACUUGUGACUUUGUCAGUGGGUCGUGUUCCUGUGCACCCGGCUGGAUUGGCUCGCAGUGCCAAACUCGUUGUCCAGCUGGAACGUUCGGAGCGGGCUGUCGGAGUGCAUGUACAUGUCAAAACGGUGCAAGCUGUGAUCAUGUGUCAGGUCGCUGUACCUGCAAGAGUGGAUAUGUGGGUGCAAGUUGCCAGAGCAAGUGCGGAUCAGGUUUAUUUGGCCAACAGUGUGGGCAGAGGUGCACGUGUCAGCAUGGUGCGGCAUGCAAUCACAUCACUGGGGCAUGCUCAUGCACACCUGGCUGGAUUGGCGCAGACUGUGAGAUCCCAUGCCAGCCAGGCAAGUGGGGACAAGCUUGCCAGUCACGGUGCGAGUGCUACAAUGGUGCAUCUUGCUCAGCUGUCACUGGUCAUUGCACCUGUACACCAGGAUACACUGGGCAAGGGUGUUCGAACAAGUGCCCGGGCGGUACAUUUGGUGCCGCUUGCAAGGGAGAGUGCACGUGUCUGAACAAUGGGCUGUGCCAUCAUGUCUCUGGUACCUGCACCUGCGCUGCUGGCUAUACAGGACACACCUGUGGGAGAAGAUGUCCUGCUGAUACGUAUGGUCAGGAAUGUGUACACAACUGUACGUGCAAGAACAAUGCAACAUGUGAUCAUGUGACUGGACAUUGUCACUGUACUCCGGGAUAUAUUGAUGUGGACUGUGCUCAAAAAUGUACAUAUGGAUAUUAUGGACAAGACUGCGUGAAGCAAUGUCUCUGUCAGAAUGCAGCUGUGUGUGACCAUGUAACUGGAAGUUGUUCAUGUCAAUCCGGAUGGACUGGCGCAACCUGUGAUGAAGCAUGUUCCUCGGGGAAGUGGGGUCCAUACUGCCGCAUGGCAUGUGAAUGUCUCAACAAUGCAUCCUGUCUACCUGAUACAGGCCAAUGCAUGUGUACACCAGGUUACAUCGGAGUGAGGUGUGCAGAGACAUGUGCAGCAGGUUACUACGGCAGCAACUGCUCAUUCCUGUGUCGGUGUCAAAAUGAUGGCGCGUGUGAGGCGCGGGAUGGACAGUGUCACUGUAAACACGGUUACAUUGGAGAAAGAUGUGGUGUCAAGUGUGCACAAGGAACAUACGGUGAGGCGUGCACCCACAACUGUAGCUGUGUCCAUGGUGACUGUCACCAUGUCAACGGUAGUUGCAGCUGUGACCUGGGCUUCACUGGUGCCAUAUGUGCAACACCGUGUGCGGAGGGUAGCUACGGUGACUACUGCAGAGAGACGUGUCUCUGUCGCAAUCAAGCAGAGUGCUUAGCCACGAAUGGAACAUGCCUGUGCCGCCCGGGAUACAUUGGAGCACUCUGUGAGGACCAGUGCCCACACAGUAGCUAUGGCGAUGGAUGCAGGGCCAGAUGUCAAUGUCAGAACAACGCACUCUGUCACCAUGCCAACGGGUCGUGCACUUGUACUGCGGGCUACACAGGAGAGUUCUGUGCAGAUUUGUGUCCGGAUGGUUUCUAUGGUAACAAGUGUAUGGAAAGAUGCAGUUGUGAGAAUGGAGCAAGGUGUGAUGCAGCAACAGGCUGUUGUAACUGUACUGCUGGUUGGAUAGGAGAUAACUGUACUAUGCGGUGUCCGGAAGGCACUUAUGGCGCUUACUGCACACAGGUGUGCGAGUGCCUGAAUGGUGCCCAAUGUAUGCCGGAGAAUGGGACGUGCCUCUGUGCUGAUGGCUACACUGGGACUGUGUGUUCCAACAAGUGCCCGGACAAGUCAUUUGGUGCUGGUUGCAAGGGAGAGUGCAAGUGUCAGAACAAUGGGCUGUGUCAUCACAUCUCUGGUACAUGUUCAUGUACUGCUGGUUAUACAGGAGAAAUCUGUGAGAGAAGAUGUCCUGCUGAUACGUAUGGUCAGGAGUGUGUGCACAACUGUACAUGCAAGAACAAUGCAACAUGUGAUCAUGUGACUGGACAUUGUCACUGUACUCCGGGAUAUAUUGAUGUGGACUGUGGUGAGAGAUGUGCAAAUGGAUACUAUGGGCAAGACUGUGCAGAGCAAUGCCUCUGUCAGAAUGCAGCUGUGUGCGAUCACGAGACUGGAAGUUGUUCCUGCCAAUCAGGAUGGACCAGUACAAUCUGUGAUGAGGCAUGUCCCUCUGGACAGUGGGGUGCAUACUGUGUGAAUGACUGUGACUGUCUGAACAAUGCAAGCUGUCUAGCUGACACUGGUGACUGCAUCUGUACACCAGGUUGGAUAGGGGACAGAUGUGAAGAGACUUGUCCAGCAGACUACUAUGGCCACAACUGCUCCUUCCAGUGUGAAUGUCAGAAUGGAGGUGAUUGUGAUGCCCAGAAUGGACAAUGCUACUGCACACAUGGAUACGUUGGAGAAAGAUGCGGCUUUGAGUGCUUGGAGGGCACCUAUGGAGAGGAUUGUGCCCACAACUGUAGCUGUGUCCAUGGUGACUGUCACCAUGUCAACGGUAGCUGCAGCUGUGACCUGGGAUUCACUGGUGCCAUAUGUGCAACACCUUGUGCUGAGGGUAGCUAUGGCGACUACUGCAGAGAGACGUGUCUCUGUCACAAUCGAGCAAAGUGCUUAGCCACGAAUGGCACAUGCCUGUGCCUGCCGGGAUACAUCGGAAUACACUGUGCCGACCAAUGCCUGCAUGGUAGCUAUGGCGAUGGUUGCCACGAGGAAUGCCAAUGUCUGAACAAUGCACAGUGCCAUCAUGCCGAUGGGCAAUGCACCUGUGCUGCAGGCUAUAUUGGAGAGUUCUGUGCAGAUUUGUGUCCGGACGGUUUCCAUGGCCAGCAAUGCGCAGAGAGGUGCAGUUGUGAGAAUGGAGCAAGUUGUGAUGCAGUUACAGGUUUUUGUAACUGUACUUCUGGCUGGAUAGGAGCUGACUGUGCUGACGAGUGCUCUGAAGGUUUCUAUGGCAACCAGUGUAUGGAGCGAUGCAGUUGUGAGAAUGGAGCAAGUUGUGAUGCAGCAACAGGCUAUUGUAAUUGUACUUCUGGCUGGAUAGGAGAUAAAUGUGAGGUGGCAUGCACGGCUGGUAAGUGGGGCCUUGGCUGUACAUCACACUGCCCUUGUCUCAACAAUGCUACCUGCUACCCUGACACUGGCCUAUGUCGAUGCACACCCGGCUACGUGGGGAAAAGCUGUCAGGCUGAGUGCGCUGCUGGAACGUACGGCCUGGACUGCUCACUAAACUGUACAUGCCGGAACAAUGCCAGCUGUAAUCACCGGGAUGGACGUUGCUCCUGCACUAGCGGAUACACAGGGAUAAGCUGCGAGCGCAAAUGUCCAGUCGGCACUCAUGGCCUAGGUUGCACUGGAAUCUGUUCCUGCAAUCAUGGUCAAUGUCACCAUGAGGAUGGGUCAUGUGACUGUUACCUAGGUUACACUGGGUCUGAUUGUUCUGUGUCAUGUCUGGCUGGUACAUAUGGAUACUAUUGCUCAAAGUUCUGCACUUGUCAAAACCAAGCGCUGUGCUCUCCCAGUAACGGGACAUGUUUCUGUCAGCCUGGUUACAUAGGCAUCAACUGUGAGGAUGAGUGUGCCGUCGACACGUAUGGUGCUAGUUGUGCUAAUGUGUGCCAGUGCCAGAACAGUGGAGAUUGUCACCACAUGACCGGAGAAUGUACAUGUACUGCAGGCUACACUGGUGCUGAUUGUUCACUACGAUGCUCCAACGGGUCCUAUGGCUUUGGCUGUCAAGAGGUAUGCAUGUGCCUUCAUGGUGACUGCCGGCAUGUGGACGGGACAUGUCUCUGCCAUCCAGGCUGGACUGGGAUGGAUUGCAGUCAGCAAUGUGCCAGUGGAUCAUACGGUACAGACUGUGCAAACGCGUGUCAAUGUCGUAAUGGAGCGGCAUGCAGUCAUGUGGAUGGUAGUUGUAACUGUACUGCUGGAUACACUGGAGUCACGUGCAGUCAAGAAUGCCCGCCUGGUUACCAUGGCAUCAACUGUUCCAUGUCAUGUGAUUGUCGUAAUGGUGCACACUGUAACAAGGUUGAUGGAACGUGUAUAUGCAAGCCUGGAUGGAGAGGGGAGCGUUGUGAUAGGCCGUGUCCCGACGGGACUUUCGGAGAGGCCUGUACCAGCACCUGCACGUGUAGGAACAAUGGCAGCUGCAACAAGGCUGAUGGGAAGUGCAACUGUACAGAUGGAUGGACCGGACCGAUCUGUUCUGAUGUGUGCCCUGAAGGAUUCUUCGGUGCAGGCUGCCAGCAAGAGUGCCUGUGCAACCUGGACACAUCGGAAUGUGACCGGUUCACUGGCCAUUGUACGUGCACUGUGCCGGGACUCACUGGGACUUUCUGUCGUCAGACGUGCAACCACACAAGAUGGGGAUACCUGUGUGAGAAUGAUUGUCACUGUCUCAAUGAUGGACAGUGUCAGAAUGGCAAUGGUGAAUGCUGGUGUAAAGGGAAUUCUGCAUACCACGGCACGCUAUGCAACAGCACCUGCCAUGAUGGCACCUGGUCACCGGCCUUCAAGUGCAGGUUACGGUGCCAAUGUGCCAACAACGCUAGCUGUGAUGCGUACACCGGAGCUUGCUUAUGCGCGCCGGGCUGGACUGGCAAGACCUGUGAAGAACCCUGCCAACAAGGCAGGUUUGGAGCUGGCUGCAUGGGACAGUGUCCAGUGGCAUGCACGACCACACACAACAAGCAAUGCCAUCAUGUGACAGGCCAAUGCACUUGUCUGCCUGGAUAUACGUACAGAUCGGACUGCCAGAAAGACUGUGAGAACUACAGAUAUGGCGAGGACUGUCGGCUGUCAUGUGACUAUUGUCAUGACAACAACACCACCACCGCUGGACCAUGUGACAAGAGCACAGGAGCGUGUCCUUGUCGCGCAGGAUAUGCAUCGCGCUACUGCAACAUGACUGAAGAGAAAUACGCUGAUGAGCUGGCUGGGCUGACCACUACAUCACCACCACCGCCGCAUGUCACCAUCCUAGUCCAGCCUGGUAGUAGUAGUAGUAGUAGUCGCAGGGCCAUCGCAAAGAAAUGGUUUUCACUGAAACGCAUCAUCUGGAUAAGCUCAUCCAGUGCCGUUCUCAUUGCCGGAAUUCUUGUGAUGGCGCUUGUCGGCUACAGGCGCUGCUGUGGCCAGCGUGGCAAGUACACUCCCGGACCUCUGGACGACUCACUGGCCUUGGACUCAAGUACUGCAAUACUGAGCGGGGAGACACUGGAUGCAGCUAGCCUGAACGCGGACCAGCAGAUCGGCGGGGAACUCACCACCACAUGCCUCGCUGGCGAUGAUUGUGCCAGUUCUUGUGCAGAACGUAGGACAUGUGCACAAGUGGCUGAGGGAACUGACGAUGUCUUUGCCAACGAAAACCACUACACUCUGGACCCAACCAUCGCCAUGUCAGAAGUGUAUACAAACAACCAGGCCCAGAAAGAUACACUCUAGGACCCAAGUGAGUGCUGCUUUCAAGGAUAUCAUGUAUCAAACUACCCAUCAGAGCGUAUCCUCUCCAGAUGUUCAUACUACCCCUGCACAUACACAGUGCACAUGUACUAUCCAUGUCAUGGUUAAAAAUUGUUUUCAUAGCCUAAUGUAAGAAGCCACCUUGAUGGCAUUGGACUGCUGCGCAUUAUCCUGUUUAUUUUUUAAACUGUCUCAAAAGCAUGCCGCUGCUGAGAACUUGCAUGAUUUCAAUUUUUGUUAUUUUCUCUGAUUGCUUCUGGAUCGGUGUACCAUGGUGUACGAGUUUCUCCUUUUCUCCUUUCUUAUACACAGUGUUGCUAUCCGUUGAAUUAUUUAAAAAGAAAUUGUUUGUACUUGCAGUCAUGCAUGUAAUAUUUUCUCUGCGCAGAAGACUUCACUGUAGCCCUCCAUCCAUUAAUAAUACUCCAUCCAUUAUGACUUUUAAAACACCCUCACAACACUCCUUUUGUAAAAAGUGGAGUCACUGAGACAGA